AAAAGAAAAAAUGGCAGACGAGCUCAAUUCCAUUACUUGUUGAACCCUUGAAAGUUGCAGUCGCUUAAAUUCUCUCUCUAAAUCUCUCACUCUAGAAUCGCCAGCCAUGGCAAUCGCCGGUAGUCUCUCCUCCGAUCAACUUCAGUUUUUUAAUUCUCACGGAUAUUUAGUGCUGGAAUCUUUUGCUAGCUCCGAAGAAGUUGACUGCCUAAGGAAACGAAUGGAACAGUUGCUUGAUGAGUUCGAUUACUCAUCAACCGCCUCAAUCUUCUCCACGAAGAACCAGCAACAAUCCACUGAUGAUUACUUCUUCGAAAGUGCUGAAAAGAUCUCGUUUUUCUUUGAAGAGAAAGCAUUUGAUGAUGAUGGCAAGCUAAAGCAACCAAAGCCGCUUUCUAUUAAUAAAGUUGGGCAUGACCUGCAUGGGAUUGAUCCGGUCUUUAGAAAUUUCUCGGCCUCAGACAAAUUUGCUGGCAUUCUAUCGUCGUUACAGUACAAGAGGCCUGUUAUUAUACAGUCAAUGUAUAUAUUUAAGCAACCAGGGAUUGGCGGUGAAGUGGUGCCACAUCAGGAUAACUCUUUUCUUUAUACGGAACCAGCUACAUGCACAGGAUUAUGGUUGGCUCUGGAAGAUGCAACAAUCGCAAAUGGUUGCCUUUGGGCUAUUCCUGGAUCUCACAAGAAUGGUCUUGUGAGAAGAUUUAUCAGAGAUGAGAAUGGUGUACAUUUUGAUAAGCCUUCCCCUGUGUAUGACCAAAAAGAUUUUGUGUCUGUUGAAGUUAAAUCCGGUUCCUUGGUUAUAAUCCAUGGCGAUCUCAUCCAUCAAAGUUUUGAGAAUCAGUCUUCAAAAUCAAGGCAUGCCUACAGCCUUCAUGCGGUGGAUACUGUUGACUGCAAAUGGGCGCCGGACAAUUGGAUCAGAAGAAAGGUGGAUGCAGAACCUUUGUAUGUCUCUUAACUGUUAAAGCAAUCAAACAGGUUUGAUGAAUACAUUUGAACUGUUUUAGUUGUGGAUAUUCUAGCACACUUUUCCAGUGAUCUGUAUCAUGUUUUCAAAUAAAUCUAUUUGGCCUUUCCAUGUU